GAUUUGCAAAUAGAACGAGAGAGGACUGUGUAUAAUAUUUCUGGCGGCUGUACAGCCCUUGUGGUGAUGUAUUUAUUGGGGAAGCUUUACGUGGCAAAUGCUGGUGAUAGCAGGGCUAUAAUAAUCCGAAAUGGUGAAGUCAUUCCAAUGUCUUCAGAAUUCACUCCAGAGACUGAACGCCAGCGACUUCAGUAUCUGGCUUAUAUGCAGCCCCACUUGCUGGGAAAUGAGUUCACACAUUUAGAGUUUCCACGGAGGGUGCAACGCAAGGAAGUUGGAAAGAAGAUGCUGUACCGUGACUUCAACAUGACUGGCUGGGCAUACAAAACCAUUGAGGAAGAUGACUUGAAGUUUCCCCUUAUAUACGGAGAAGGCAAGAAGGCUCGGGUUAUGGCAACAAUUGGAGUGACUCGAGGACUGGGAGACCAUGACCUGAAAGUACAUGACUCCAAUAUAUACAUCAAACCUUUCCUGUCCUCAUCUCCCGAGGUGAGAGUCUAUGACCUCCUGCAGUACGAGCAUGGGCCAGAUGAUGUUCUGAUCCUAGCUACUGAUGGACUCUGGGAUGUGCUGUUAAAUGAAGAAGUGGCAGAAGCUGUCACUAACUUUCUACCGAACUGUGACCCCGAUGAUCCCCACAGGUACACGCUGGCGGCGCAGGACCUGGUGAUGCGAGCCAGGGGAGUGCUGAAGGACCGGGGCUGGCGAAUAUCCAACGACAGGCUGGGCUCUGGAGACGACAUCUCUGUCUACGUCAUCCCUUUAAUACAUGGGAACAAACAGUCGUGA